AUGAUCAAGGAUGGCGACGCGUCGUCCGCAACUUCACUCCCUCGUUCGUCUCGCAAUGCCUCAUCUCCGCAUCCCCAAGCUAACGUAACCUCCAACAGAUGGUUCUCGGUAACGAUGGGCACAGGCAUUGUGUCUAUCCUACUACAUAAUCUACCCUACAACGGAGUCUGGCUCUACUGGAUCUCCGUCGUUAUCUUCGCGCUAAACGUACUCCUAUUCAGCAUGGGAUGUAUCAUGAGCAUCCUGCGAUACACGCUGUAUCCAGAAAUCUUUCGGGUGAUGAUCACACACCCGGUACAAUCGAUGUUUAUUGGCACAUUUCCCAUGGGACUAGCCACGAUAGUUAACAUGUUUGUUUUCGUGUGUGUCCCAGUUUGGGGAGAGUGGGCGCGAUAUUUCGCGUGGGGAUUAUGGAUUUUUGACGCUGUGAUAUCGGUGAUGACUGCAUUAUCCUUGCCAUUCGUCUUAAUGGCCCGUGGAAGUGAGACUCACCUGUCCUCAAUGACAGCUGUCUGGCUUCUUCCCAUCGUUAGCUGCAUCGUGGCGGCCUCUUCCGGAGCCAUAGUAGCCGGGGUGUUACCCAACGAUCAGUAUGCACUGUGGACUGUACUGGCUAGCUAUGUUCUAUGGGGAAUUGGUCUUCCGCUUGCCUUGAUGGUCAUGGUGAUCUACCUCCAGCGCUUGACGUUGCACAAGUUGCCCUCGAAAGCUGUCAUAGUAUCUGUCUUCUUGCCUCUAGGCCCGCUGGGUCAAGGCGGAUAUGGAGCGAUGAAACUGGGCCAAUGCGCCCGAGAUAUCUUCCCCAAGACGCAGACCCUCGAGCAAGCUUCUGGUCCGACGUUCUACACGCUCGGGUUCUUGAUCGCUUUGAUUCUUUGGUCCUUUGGAUUAGUUUGGCUAUUCUUUGCACUGGCAUCUAUAGUGCGAUCUAAGAAUUUUCCUUUUAACAUUGGAUGGUGGGGCUUUACAUUCCCGCUGGGGGUCUUUGCGUCGAGCACUGUUCAGAUGGGAACUGAGCUGCCCUCGAGGUUUUUUAACGUCGUCGGAACGAUCAUUUCUCUUUUUGUGGUCGUUCUCUGGAUUAUGGUCAGUGCUGGUACCCUUCGAGGCGUUGUGUCGGGGAAGCUCUUUGUUGCUCCCUGCCUAGGAGAUCUUCGAGUUGCGGAGGAAGACAAGGACGUCGGCAAGGCAGCGUGA